CCACAACUGGUAUUACACCCGCAGUGAUCUGUUUGGCAACCGAGCCUCCCAGCGCCGGGCUCUGGUUUCCAUCUAAAUACAUAACGCCGUGUAUUCUUAUUUCCAUUUCACCUAUACCUUUUAAACCAUAACUGUUGGUGAGUGAUUAACAAAGGCUUGUCACCACUAAAAGGAAACCUCUUGUCUCUCGAAUACACGCCAACGGAAGUGCACUGGAUCCCAACAAGUCACGAUAGACCAAUUAUCCCAUGGCCUAUAGACAAUAUACCGGAUGAUCCGCAUGUACCCUAUUUAAGUCGUCUCGCUAUAGGCCCUAUCCAGUACGUCUGUCACAUAGUGGCUAACUGAAUUCGUGUUCCCCACAUCUUGCUACUAUCAAAUUGAUUUACCUCGGUUUCUUGCGAAGGACCCAACGUCAGCUUGGACCGCCACCGGUCAGGUCGAUGCAUCAAUUCGGACGGGCAAAGUGCAGACUACAAAAUGCCCCAAUCACCAAUGUCCAACACUAUUCAGGACCAUUUCACGGAGAAAACGCCAAGUUUUAUCAAUAAAACCAGGUCUAGAAUUUCCGAACCCGUUGUUGCUGCUUUCAUAGCCGGAGGAGUAGCGGGUGCAGUGUCGAGGACACUUGUAUCACCACUCGAACGUCUCAAAAUCCUUCUCCAGAUUCAGAGUGUCGGCAGAGAGGAGUACAAAUUAUCAAUAUGGAGAGCUCUCGUCAAAAUCGGAAAGGAAGAGGGAUGGAAAGGCUUCAUGCGCGGAAAUGGUACAAAUUGUAUUCGCAUCAUUCCUUAUUCGGCGGUUCAAUUCGGCAGCUAUAAUUUUUACAAAAAGUUCGCGGAAUCUUCGCCAAAUGCCGAGUUGUCAGCCAUGCAGCGUCUUCUUUGUGGUGCCGCUGCCGGCAUCACGUCUGUGACAAUCACCUACCCUCUUGAUAUUGUCAGAACUCGACUCUCCAUCCAGUCAGCGUCAUUUGAAGCUCUCAGUCACCGAGGGGUUGGCGAGCAGUUACCGGGCAUGUUUACCACCAUGGUAUUGAUAUAUAGAAACGAAGGCGGCAUCGUAGGUCUUUACCGUGGCAUUAUACCUACUGUUGCUGGUGUCGCCCCUUAUGUCGGCCUCAACUUCAUGACGUAUGAAUCUGUCCGCAAGUAUUUGACACCUGAAGGCGAUGCGACACCAGGACCCCUGCGUAAACUACUUGCCGGUGCAGUGUCCGGCGCAGUAGCACAGACAUGCACAUACCCAUUCGAUGUCCUACGACGCCGCUUUCAGAUUAACACGAUGUCUGGGAUGGGAUAUCAAUAUGCAUCAAUCAUGGACGCCGUAAAGGCCAUUGUGGCACAAGAGGGCUUGCGGGGCCUGUUCAAAGGAAUCGUGCCAAAUAUUCUUAAAGUGGCUCCCAGUAUGGCUAGUAGUUGGCUCAGCUUCGAGUUGACCCGGGACUUUCUAGUGAGUUUGGAGGAAUAAUAGAUAUGACAUCAGUAAAUAUGGCCAUGGCACCAGAAGGAUUACAUAUCACACCUGACAAAUAAAACAUUCUUCUAUUUUGAAAAAAAAA